UAUGGGCUGAGACAUCUUAGGUUAAGUGUAACUGAGGAUUCUGAAGGAGAAAUGAAUGCUAGGGAUGGCACAGAGUUUGGCAUGAAUGAGGACUUGUAGGAUUUGGAGGAAGGGACAGUGAGAGACAGAGGUGCAAAUAAGGCACUGCUCCUGAAAGCUGAACAGAAGAUCCAAAAGCAUUUACUACCAUAGGGAUACCAUAGUUAUUGGACAGGAAGCCAUUUCUUAGAGGGCUCAAUGAUAUAGACAACUUCUAGAUUGCUGGAUUGUACACCAGUUCACUUAUUCAUUCAUUAAUCACUUAUUAAACAGAAUGUUUCAGGAACUAUACAAAGCUUUAGGGUUCCAAAUAUUAAUGAGAUACAGAUAUUGCUUCAGUUAGUGGAGAGGAGGAUAUAAAUAAUCUAAGUUCCAAAGAAUUGUCGUUCUUAGAUGAUUUGUAUGUAUUCAAAGGAAGGAUAUUUCAUUCUACUUAAGAGUGUAUUGAUAAAGCUUCAGGGAAUAAAGAGUUUGUGAGCUGGGUCUGAAAAAUGGAAGAAUUGGAACAUGAUGAGUGGAGGAGGGAAAGGCACUUCUGCCUGGGUGAACAGAAUGAGUAAAGGUCUGGAGAUAGGAAAUUGAGGAGCAAGAGAGAAAGUUGAGAGCAGGGAGUUGCUGAGUCUAGCUAUAAAGUGCAAGGAAGACAGAGAUAUAUUGAACAGGCUGUGUUGUAUAAGAUCCAAGGGGUGAAGGGAAUCUUAAUUUCUAUGUUAAGGAAUUUGAGUUUCUUUCUUCAGGCAGCAGAGAGGUCCCUGCAGGUACCUGAGCCAUUCAGUGACAAGAUAGAUUGUUGGUCUGGAGAGAUUAUUCUAAAGCUGUGUGGGGAAUGGAUUGGCAUGGGACUGGCAACAAAGACAGGGGAGGGAUGUCAAUGGAUAAACAUGCACAUACUUCUGGACACACAAACACAUACAUACAGUGCUUUUGCCUUGACUCAGACCUGGAUGGUUGAGUGAUUUGUUCCAGCGUGGAGACAAAAACCAAGAUGGUCGGAUGACUUUCGAAGAAGUUCGGCGGUUGUUGCGUCUGAUGAAUGUGGAAAUGGACCAAGAAUAUGCCUUUGGUCUUUUUCAGGAAGCAGACAUGUCCAAUUCUGGGACUCUAGAAGGAGAAGAAUUUGUAUAUUUCUAUCAGGCAUUGACAAAGCGCACUGAGGUGCAUGAAAUGUUUGAACAAUUUUCUGAUGAUGGGCAGAAACUGACCCUGCUGGAAUUUGUGGAUUUCCUUCGAGAGGAGCAGAAAGAAAGAGAGCGAGCCACUGACCUUGCUCUGGAACUCAUUGACCGCUAUGAGCCUUCAGAAAGUGGCAAACUGCGGCAUGUGCUGAGCUUGGAUGGCUUCCUCAGCUACCUCUGCUCAAAGGAUGGAGACAUCUUCAACCCGGCCUGCCUUCCCAUCUACCAGGAUAUGACUCAACCUCUGACCCACUACUUCAUUAGCUCCUCUCACAAUACUUAUCUCGUUGGGGACCAACUUUGUGGCCAGAGCAGCGUCGAGGGAUAUAUACGGGCCCUGAAACGAGGGUGCCGCUGUGUGGAGGUAGAUGUAUGGGAUGGACCUAACGGGGAACCCAUUGUUUAUCACGGACACACCCUGACUUCCCGAAUCCUGUUCAAAGAUGUUGUGGCCACAGUUAAACAAUAUGCCUUCCAGGCAUCAGAAUAUCCACUCAUCUUGUCCCUGGAGAACCACUGCACCUGGGAGCAGCAGCUGACCAUGGUACGCCAUCUGACUGAGAUCCUGGACGAUCAGCUGCUGAGUUCCACCUUGGAUGGGCUGCUACCCACUCAGCUUCCCUCACCUGAGCAGCUUAAAGGGAAGAUCUUAGUGAAGGGGAAGAAGUUAGGAACACUUGAGGAUGAUCUUGAAGAUGAGGAAGAAGUGACAGAACCCCAGCUGGAGAGACAGCAGGGGUCAGAACUGCCAUUGGGGUCCCCCUCCGAGCCUGUGACACUGGAGCUGAGCCACCUGAAUAAGGACAAAAAGAAGAAAUCCAGGUCCGUCUUGUGUCCAGCCCUCUCUGCCCUGGUUGUCUACCUGAAGUCUGUCUCAUUCCGCAGCUUCACCCAUUCAAAGGAGAACUACCACUUCUAUGAGAUAUCGUCCUUCUCUGAAACCAAGGCCAAAAGCCUUGUCAAGGAGGCUGGCAAUGAGUUUGUGCAGCACAAUGCCUGGCAGUUAAGCCGUGUGUAUCCCAGUGGUCUGAGGACAGACUCAUCCAACUACAACCCCCAGGAACUCUGGAAUGUAGGCUGCCAAAUGGUGGCUAUGAAUAUGCAGACUGCAGGGCUUGAAAUGGACAUCUGUGAUGGGCUCUUCCGCCAGAAUAGUGGCUGUGGCUAUGUGCUAAAGCCAGAUUUCCUGCGUGAUAUCCAGAGUUCCUUCAACCCGGAGAAACCCCUCAGUCCUUUCAAGGCCCAGACUCUUUUGGUCCAGGUUAUCAGUGGUCAGCAACUCCCCAAAGUGAACAACACCAAAGAGAGGUCCAUUGUGGACCCACUGGUGAGAGUGGAGAUCUAUGGCAUCCGUCCAGACACAACCUGCCAGGAGACCAACUAUGUGGAGAACAAUGGUUUUAAUCCCUACUGGGGUCAGACACUGUGCUUCCGGGUGCUGGUACCUGAACUUGCUAUGCUGCGUUUUGUGGUUCAGGAUUAUGACUGGAAAUCCCGAAAUGACUUUAUUGGUCAAUAUACCCUGCCAUGGACCUGCAUGAAACAAGGUGAGACAGUCCUUGGAUCCCUGGCCAACACCCUGGCUCUGGCUGCCUCCCUAAUGUUGUUGUCCUGCCCCUUUCCAGGUUACCGCCACAUACACCUGCUCUCUAAAGAUGGCAUCAGCAUCCACCCAGCUUCCAUUUUUGUGUACAUCUGCAUCCGGGAAAUGGAAGAGCUUCAACCUGGGGAGUCUGAAUUCUGAGUCUAUACUGGAGUUCCCUCCUUCCUCUUGCUGUAGGCUCAGUCCCAUACUCAGAUCUACUACUAAUCUCUCCCAUCAACUCUGGCACGAAAGCAAAUUGCAACUAGAAACUCAGAGAGGGGCUUGGAGCAAAGAAACUUACAGAAGUAUUAUACCUUUAACUUCCUCAAAGCCCUGAGUCAAGGGAAGGAUAAAUCAAGGCUCCUCAGGCAAAGGCUGAGGAAGGAGACCUGACCCUAGGACUGUACCAUGACUCUCCAGAGAACAGCACACAGCCAUGUCCCCACUGGGUUGCACCUCUCCAGUCCCCCUGGUGUAAAUAGAGCUUCUCUCUCCAA